AUGCACCUGCGCCCGGCUGAGGGCGCCCUCCUGGACAUUGUCCUGCCCCUAGACAUUGCUCGGGGCGUCCGUGGGUUCAGCAGAGAUCGAUGCGUUGUGACGCCGGUCAGCCCCUUCCGGGCGUCGCCCGGCGCCGCGCCGCGCCGCGCCCUUAUUGAUCGCCGUCUGCUCCUCCUCAGCGGGGCGGACGCUUCCGCGGGGGCCCCCGCCCGCCCCCGGCGCCGCCGACGUGACGCCGCACGCCGCCGCCACCCGCCGCCGCCGCCUUUGCCAUCGCCGCCUCCGCACCCCUCUGCGCUGCUGGCGCGCGAGCGCUGCGGCUGCUGCCACCACCAUCUGCCCGCCGUGCGGCUGCACGCCCGGCGCUCUUCCACAGCACAGCGCCGCCGCCGCCGCGCGCUGGCUCCUCGCGGCCCCGCCGCGCCGCCGCGCCGCCGCCUGCGUCUCGACAACAACAACGGGCCGUGCCGCCGGACCGCCGCGCCCCAAGCGCCCGCCGCUCCGGCGCCCAAGCGCAGAGCCCGGACCCGCCGCCGAGCCCGGCGCGCGUCGAGCUGCUGCGGCUCGCGACCCAACCUCCAACGGCUCGCCGCCCUCGCAACGCCCCUCGCGCGAGAAGAGCCGACGCGGCGCGCGGACGGCGGCGAGGGCGCGUGCGCCGCGGCGCGGCCGCGACAAGGUGUUCACGUGCGGCGGUGCAGCCGCGCCUCGGCUACAAGCACGUGCUGCAAACCACGAACCACGCACCACGGGCGAGAAAGCCAUCGAGCCACGUGUGCCACAAACGGUUCACGCGUGACCACCACCUCAAGACGCACAUCGCCUGCCACAGCGAGAAGCCUUACCACGCACGCACUGUACCGCCAGUUCGUGCAUGGCCAACCUGCGCGCCACCUGCACGUGCACACGGGCGAGCGGCCGUACGGCUGCGAGCUGUCGCGCCGCGCGUUUCUCCGACUCCAACCAGCUCAAGCGCACACCCUCAUCCACCGCGCGAGAAGCCCUCCAGUGUGCGCGCUCGCCCCGCUUCCGCCGCGCCACCACCUGCUGCACCACAAGUGCCGCGCGGGCGGCGCCGGCGGGGGCGGGCCGGGGGCGGCGCAAGGCGGGGCGGCGCGCGCCCACGGCCCCGCCGUCGACGACCGGAACCGACGCCUGGCCCGCAGGCGCCCGGGCCCGCGCCGCCGCUCUCGCCGCCGCGCCACCUCGACGACGCCGGGCCGCGAGCGCGCGGCGACGACGAGAUGGACGCGACGACGACGAACCGAGGACGACGCGUCGCUGGAGGGCGACGCCGAGCGCGCCCUCGCGCCCUCCUCCUCAACAACAACACCAGCAGCAGCACCACAACCACCACGGCGCGAAGGCUCGGGGCGGCGCGGCGGCGCUGCCGUUGGCGCUUGGCGCUGGGCCGACGCUGGCGCGCGACGCUGCGCCCGUGCAGACAGAGCCCGAGGACUGUCCAUCGCGGCGCGCGCGCGCGCCGCGGCCAGCCCCGGCGCGCCCUCGCCGCCCACCUCCGAGCCGGAGGACGGCGGCUCCUGUUCCUACAGCGCCACCCCAAGUUCAGGCCGCCGCUUGCAGCCGCAAUUGUAA